AUGGUCAACAGCGAAGAAAAUUUCAGAAGCCUUCGCAAUGUUCCACAUGUAGGACGAUUCUUAACAACUGCUGCUAAGAGCGAUCCGGCUAUCAUAACCGAACAGCAUAUACAAGAAAUGAAGGCAAGUCUGGAGUCACAAGCUUUGACUUCUAGUGGCCCUAUUAGUUUGGGGGUAAAUUUAAAAAUUCCAGCGGGGCAAUCAUCUCCGUCGCCUGCAAUAGCUUCAGCAUUAGGACAAAGAGGAGUUAACAUCGUAAAAUUCUUUGAAGAGUUUGCUGCUUUAACUUCCAAGGGGUUCGAACCUGGAAAGACCUUGAUUGUUGUUGUGUUCGUAAAAAAGAAUAAAGCCUUUAAAAUAAUUAUCAAAGGUCGCCCCUUGUCCGAUAUGAUCAAGGAGGCGCUCAAAAUAACUAAAGGGUCGGCAACCCCUGGUAAAAAUUUUGUAUCUUCUAUUGAUGACGACAUUGCCGAGUUGAUAGCAAAAGAGAAGCUACCCUUUACAAAUGCCUAUGAUGAAGCUGCAGCUAUCAAUAUGGUGUUUGGAACG